UGACAGUGUAUCUCCUAUGCUGGUCAUCCAGUCUCCACAUAGAGACCCCCUUCUCUAUCCCUUUGCUGGGGCUAUCAGUUUCAACCAUCUAUUCUUGGAUUGGGUCGGUAAACAUGUCUGGUAUUUUAAAUGCGAAGGCUGUGGUUGUUUAGUGUGGAUGAGCUACAGAGAAUGAUUUAUUUGUCAUUCUAUGUGUUUUUAAAGUUGGGUUUCCACAUUUUCUAAUGGCUCUUGCAUUUCUUUUUAAAUUCUAGUUUGUUGAUUUUGUUCAGCACUAUUACAGUCAGCACUAUGGAAUCUAAUAGUGAAACUACUGUCAUUAUAGUCUGUGGUAGACUUUAUUGUUCUUGCUUGUGGGAAAAAGCAGUAUUUAAACAAGAUAUGGGGAGGCAGCUUUAAAGUGGUUUGGUUUCAAUCCCAUGAAUGAGAAAUUGUGGACUUAUAGUAUGAAGGAUAUGGCCUGGCCUGUAAGAAGAUCGCUUGGAUGAGAUGUUGGCACAUCAAAGAGCCAUAGGAACUCAUCAAUGUCCUUAAGGCUCAUUGACAGCAGGAAUGUUUUUCAGAGUAUUUGAAGCAAUGUGUAUAUAAAGACCUCAAACCUCCUCAAACUUUGUGAACUUCAGAUUGUAAAAUAAGAAAUGUUAUGCUGUUUUGGUUUCUUAACAGAAGCAUGUGCAGAUUAGAUUAACUCUGCACUUUGCCAUACAGCCGGAUGUCCAUAGACUGAACGGCGGCUUAGGUCCCCUCUCCUAGGUACAGCAGGAUUGUCUGUCUGGGGUAUCUUUCAACUAUUAGCCAUGCAUCCUUAACCAGCGGGUUUUCUCAUUUGCAAAGCUCUACUGCCUGAACAUAUCAGGAUAAACUGGGAAUUAUUUUAGUCUAAAUAUGAGCAACCAUUAGCACAAGGAUCAGAUUUAUGUGAAUGCUUGUUCUCGGUAGGGCAGAUAAUAUGCAGCUUAAAACUGGCCCCGCCCCAGGCUAUCAUUAGCUUUUAUGAUAAUGAGAGCUUACUGAGCUUUCUCUUUCAGGAACAGUCUUGGCUUGGAAGCAGAGUCUGACGCCUUCCUUGCCACCUGUGGGUUGACAGGCUUAGGGCAAUGUAUCGUUACAGUCCAAUAUAAGCACAGAGACGUCAUUAUUCAUUUACUCUGUGACGUAAUAUAACCUCUAAAAGCCCUAAAAGGUUUUUCUCCUUUAAAAUUGCCUUUUAUGAGAUGGUUUUCUUGGCAGAGAUCCUUGACAGUCCUCUUCGGGAGUCCUGAAACAGCUCUAUCUUUGCGGCUUGGUGUGGAAUGUGGGUUUGGUCUGCUGAAUUCUAGCUGCCGAAGGCCUGUGAUAUGAGCUGCUGUUCCUCUAGCUGGGUUUCACAAAUAGUGGAGUUUACAGGUGUGAAUGGGACCAGGUUGAUGUACAUAGUCAAGUCUGAGAUGAUUUGAGGGUUCUAGAUUGAUGUGUCCAAAAAAGGUAACCCACAGACAAGAUUAACAAGUAUCUUAUAUUCUGAAGUAAAUGAAAUAGUAUCCCUUGGAACUAGCAAGAUUAUAGAUGGUGAAACACUAGUUCUUAAAUGUGUUUGUGUAGUUCUUCAGUUAGGGGAGAAAUUAUUUAGUGGACUACAUGAACUUGGCAGCAAAUUGAGUAACCUUCCAUGCCCCCCCCAUGCAGGAAAGCUCUGUUUUUAUUUAAGGACUGCAGUCUUAGCAUAUUUGGUUCUAGUGAAGACCGUGCUAAUUGUCAGUGCGGUCCUGCUGCAGGAUUUCAGUCAAGACAGGUGUCGGCAAUAUGCUUUGAAGUAUUAGUCACUGCAGUGUUUAGCUACCGGUGAAUGCUGGGAGGUCACACGCCUAACCUGGCCAUGCUAACGAUAUCUCAUCAAACAGGGGCAGCCCUUAUGUGCCGUAACAACUAUGCCACUUGGGGCCCUCUGCACACACAUCGGUGCUUGCUCUUCUUGGCCCCACCCUCCUGAUUCAAGGUUUUGUUAAGGUGAUGAAAAAAAGUGCAUGAAGAGUUGGUUGUUGUUAGGGGAAAAGUCAGAUACUGGCGUUGGUGGGAGACUUAAUGACGAAAUGAUGUGAAAUUUUAACUUAUAACAUGUUACUGUCUGUGCUCCUUUAAGUAAUGGUAUCAAUGGUUAUUGGGAAGGGAUUACCAUUUUAUAGACUACCAGAACACUGUUGUUGACAAAUUUAAUUUGAAAGAACCAUUGAAUCUGGUAUGCGUCUCUGGUGUAAAUGUAUAUCAGGGGCCUGCCACUCAGGGAAAUAUUGUGAAGGCGGUUGGAUCUCAGCUCAUGUUCUUUAGGGGCUGAUUCAUGAGGAUGGGGGUGGGCAAGUCGAUGAAAUCUGUGCUGUGUGAGUCAGGAGGGCAUGAGGUGUAGAUUCCCCCAUCCCCCCCCCCCGCAAAUGGACACUUCCAGAGUAUUUAUAGAGCUGAGCACAGGCAGGCUCCCUUUCUUAAACACAACUGCUCAUAUUCACCACCGACCAUUGCCUUGCAACUUCCAGAACAUACGGUCUUCUCAGUGCUGGUUUUUGUCUGUCUUUAUCUCACAAAAGGUUAUACAGAUGGUCAUCAUCUCGUGAGCCCUGCAAGUGUCACCGAGAUGGAGAAGCCCUCCGUUCAGACGCAGCCAUCCACGCUGCCCUUCUUCGACACCUCGCACGCCUUCAACCUGCUGCGGGGCAUCCAUGAGCUGCGUGCCGAGCGCAAGUUCUUUGAUGUUACCCUGUGCGCCGAGGGCCGCGAGUUCCCCUGCCACCGUACGGUUCUGGCAGCAGCCAGCACCUACUUCCGUGCCAUGUUUGCAGGCACGCUGCGCGAGAGCGCCAUGGAUCGCGUGGUUCUCCAUGAGGUGUCCGGCGAGCUCCUGGGCCUACUGGUGGACUUCUGCUACACGGGCAGCGUGACGGUCACACAGGACAACGUGGACUUGCUCCUCAAAGCUGCCGACCUCUUCCAGUUCCCCUCCGUCAAGGAAGCCUGUUGCGCCUUCCUGGAGCAGCGCCUGGAUGUCUCCAACUGCCUGGAGAUCCAGGACUUUGCGGAGGCCUACGCAUGCCGGGACCUGGCAGCGAGUGCCCGUCGCUUUGUGCUGAGGAAUAUCGUAGAGCUGGCGAAGGGUAAGGACUUUGAGAAGCUGCCCUGGAAGCGGCUGUUGGAGUUCGUCUCAGAUGACGGGCUGUGCGUAGACAAGGAGGAGACAGUCUACCAGCUGGCCGUGCGCUGGGUCAAGGCCGACCUUCAGAGGCGCCUCCAUUACUGGCCUGAGCUCCUACAGCAGGUCCGGCUGCCCUUUGUGCGGCGCUUCUUCCUCCUGGCCCAUGUUGAGAGCGACCCAUUGGUUUACCUCUCGCCCCAGUGCCUGCGGCUUGUCAGCGAGGCCCGUGCCCUCCAGUCCAGUGAGUACGACCGGCACGACCAGCCGUGCCACCGGAUGCGGCCGCGGCCCUCCACCGGCCUGGCGGAGAUCCUGGUGGUGGUCGGGGGCUGCGACCAGGACUGCGACGAGCUGGUCACGGUGGACUGCUACAACCCCCAGACGGGCCAGUGGCGCUACUUGGCCGAGUUCCCAGAUCAUCUUGGGGGCGGAUACAGUAUCGCUGCUCUCGGAAACGACAUGUACGUCACAGGGGGCUCCGAUGGCUCUCGGCUCUAUGACUGCGUGUGGCGCUACAACUCCAGCGUGAAUGAGUGGACAGAGGUGUCGCCCAUGCUGAAAGCACGGGAGUACCACAGCUCGUGCGUGCUCAGCGGCCAGCUGUACGUGGUGGCAUCAGACAGCACGGAGCGCUACGACCACUCGCUGGACUGCUGGGAGCCUCUGCCGCCGAUGCUGCAUGCUAUGGUCAACUGCUCCACCACCGCCUGCAGGGGGCGCCUGUACGCCAUUGGCUCCCUGGCCGAAGAGGACACCAUGGCCAUCCAGAGCUUUGACCCCGAUGCCAACCGAUGGGCCCUGGUGAACUGCGGCCAACUGCCACCAUGGUCCUUCGCUCCCAAGACGGUCACCCUCAGUGGCCUCAUCUACUUCAUCAGGGAUGACUCUGCUGAGGUGGAUGUCUACAACCCAUUGAAGAAUGAGUGGGACAAGGUUAGCCCAAUGACGCAGGUCCAUGUAGGAGGCAGCGUCGCAGCACUGGGCGGCCGUCUCUUUGUCUCUGGUGGGUACGAUAAUACCUUCGAGCUGUCAGACGUGGUGGAGGCCUACGACCCAGCCACGCGCUCCUGGUCCCACGUGGGGCGCCUCCCCCAGCCCACCUUUUGGCACGGCAGCGUCAGCAUCUUCCGCCAGUUCAUGCCGCUGGUCCCCAGCGCCUUCGAGCCCAUAGACGCUCCAGAGAACGCCAUCCAUAUCCAACGGCACCACCGCCACGUGGACCUGCAUGACCACCACGAACACAACCGAAACGUCGAUCCAGCCCACUGAGUGUGGGCUGCCCUGUGGCACUUAUCUUCCACCCAUCGCUAUCCCCAUCAGUUUUGUUUACUGUGAUGACGUUAGAUGGCGUGUUCUGCACUUUAUGGUCUAUCCGACGAAACUGGACACCACCUGGACCUGCAAAUGGCUGACGUUCAGUGUCUGCUUCUGUGUCUUGGCUAAAUUACCCUUGUUUCUGUGAAAUUUGCAGCGAGGAGCCCUCAAUUCAGAUAUCAGCAGUUGGCAACCAAAAAAAAAAAAACAAAACAGAAUGAGAAGCUGUAAUGAAGGAAAAAAAAAUGUUUGCAUUCGUACAAUCGACCAUGGAUUUGGCUGUGCAUGUGCUUAGCAUUAGCUUAAAUCAGGGAGAAGAUUCCUUAUAAAAGGUAAUUAAAAUAGUUUUAGUACAGCUAACCUUUUUGAGGUUUGAACUACUUUUUUAGUAGUUAUUUUUAUAGCCAUGUUGUGUAUUUUCGAAUAGCUCACUUAAACCUACACAUUCCUAAAGUGAUUAAUGCUUCCAGACUGAGGGAAAUCGCUGUACCGAACUUUGCGGAGGUGCCCUGAGGCCUGUCCAGAGGGGUAUCAUUUCAGAGGAACCUUAUACGGUCGGGGCUGUUGGGAUCCAGUCACGAGGCAUGCAGCCUGAAGGCUUCCGCUGUUUGUCAACAAUCUUCGACAGGAAUCACAUGCCAGAGGGGGCAGUGCUGGAGCGAUUACAUGCAAGGCUGAGAUUGUGUCCCCACCCCAACCAAGGCACUGCCUGGGACUUGCGACGCACAAGCGAUUCCUCCCCCACUCCUGGUAUUCCAGCCCCAUUUUAAAACCUGAUGCAAAUCUCCCAGGCUUGGCAUGGCUACGGCCGGAGUUUGGCCUGCAUGCAGCUCCCGUUGUGGCCUCCUGAAGUAUUUCUGAUGGACGUGGAUGGCUUGUUAUUUUUAUAGUAAAUUAUAGUUAUUUAUGACUAUUUAUCAGUGUAGCAUUGUUUCAGGGGGUGCGUAAAGAUGAUGGAAAAUUCGAUGCUGCGUUUGUGCCUCUUCUCAUUCUCACGUAUCAGUAGAGCUGCUAUUCUUCCGAGUAAGAAGCAGUAGGUGUCACCGUUUACAUAACUGGAAGUAACGAUUUCGCUCACUCAUUUUUUUCCUGUACCGUUGUGUGUCAUGCAGCGAAACUAGUGCAUUGUACAGUUUACAAGAGCAGUUGAGCUGCAUUUUGUGUGGUUUUUUUUCUUGCUUUAGGGUUUUUUUGGCUGCCUUGUUAAUCAGCUGUGUUUUGGGUGUAAAAGUAAAUGUGUUUACAAUAGUGUCACUCAAUAAAGAUCCAGGCAGGCCUCCUGUUAGGCACUGUCAAAUCACCGAC